GGCUGUCGGGAUGGCUCCAAAAUGGCCGCACGCUUGGGUUCCGCGCCUGCUGGCGGCCCCGAGCCCCGUUCACUGCCACCUCUGCUGACCGGAGCUGCCAGUCGGCCCGGCGACACCCGGGGCUGUCCCCGCGGGGCGGAAGGCCGCCAUGGCGACCCUGGAAAAGCUGGUGAAGGCCUUGGAGUCCCUCAAGUCCUUCCGGCAACAGCAGCGGCCGCCCCAGCCCCCUCAGCCGGCACCGCCGCCGCCGCGUCAGCCCCCUCAGCCGGUACCGCCGCCGCCUCAGCCCCCUCAGCCCCCUCAGCCCCCUCAGCCGGCACCGCCGCCUCCCCCUCAGCCCCCUCAGCCGGCACCGUCGCCGCCGCCUCAGCCCCCUCAGCUCCCUCAGCCGGCACCGCCGCCUCAGCCCCCUCAGCCGGUGCUGCCGCCGCCUCAGCCGGUACAGCCGCCUCAGCCGUCUCAGCUCCCUCAGCAGGUACCGCCGCCGCCGCCUCAGCCCCCUCAGCUGGUACUGCCGCCGCCUCAGCCGUCUCAGCUCCCUCAGCCGGUACCGCCGCCGCCGCUCCCGCCGCUCCCGCCGCUCGCCCCGCCGUGGCCCAGGAGCCGCUGCACAGACGGAAGAUUAAAAUGCAUGUUCAUAACAUCAAGAAAAUCACAAGCAUUUACGAUGUAAUCAGAACUAUCUGAGGAGCUGUGAAAUCUGACAGGUGUGUUAUUCUGGGAGGUCAUCAGGACUCCUGGCUAUUUGGAGGUAUUGACCCAACCAGUGGAGCUGCCGGUUUGUAAGAAGUUGUCUAGAAUUUUGGAGAACUGAUUAGUAGAGGCUGGAGACCGAGAAGAACUACCAUGUUUGCCAGCUGGGAUGAAGAAGAAUUUGGACUUCUGGGUUCCACAAAUGGGCUGAGGAGAAUGUGAAAACACUCCAGGAGAGAGGGGUUGCAUAUAUCAAUGCAAACUCAUCCACAGAAGGCAAUUAUACUCUCAGAGUUGACUGUACACCCCUUCUUUUCCAGUUGGUAUAUAAACUGACAAAAGAGGUCUAUUUCAUGGGGCAGAGUCUCUUUGAUAUAACAGAAAGAAUACUGAGCUGGGAUGGGGAAGCCUUGGCUGUGAAGAUUGCCUUGGCUAUUCAUUCAUUCAUUCAUUCAUUCAUGGAGGAAUCAGACAUCAUUCAUCUGGAGAAAUGCUAUUGGUUGCUGAAGGCUCAAUCGGGAACUGGAUGAUUUGAUUUAGAGACAUUUGGCCCAUUGGUUUCACCACCAAUUCGUCCAUCUCUGAGUGAAGGUUUAUUUAAUGCCUUUGGUGAAAAUCAUGACAGCCACAUAGAUUUUAAGGAGAUAUUCUGUUGGUUAUCAGCCUGUUGCAGAGGACCUCUGGCUGAAAGACAGAAAUUUUGCUUCAAGGUAUUUGACAUUGACGGUGAUGGAGUUCUCUCUAAGGUUGAACUGAGAGACACGUGGUUGCACAUUUAGAGGUCUGGAUGGACAACAGCACCGAUCAUAUCCUGGAAUUACAUGUGGAUCUAUCCAACAUUGUAGAAGACACAUUGAAUGUGCAUGACACCACAAAGGUGGUCAAGAAUAAUAAGACAGAAACCCCAGAGUUGGAAUUAUUUCCUCAGUAUCUUCUCUUCCUGUGACAGCAGCCUGCCACUUGGACACAGCAGUCUAACAUCUGGAUGAAUAUGGGUAUGAUGUUCCUGAGAAUGUUUCCUCAACAUUUACCAAGAGAAUUGCCUCACUCUUCUGGAUGAUGCGGAUCAUAGAUUGGAAUAUCUGAAAAUCCAGGAUGAGCAGCACCUGGUAAUUGAAGUUUGAAAUAAAGAUAUGAGUUGGCCUGAGGAAAUGUCCUUUAUAGCAAACAGUAGUA